AUGGCGGCCAUGGAGGAGCUGGAGAUCCACAGCAAGUCCUACUUUGUCCGCUGGGUAUCGGUCAAGCCCGCCCACACCAUCUCCUGGAGCAUUCAACCGCACAAAAAGUCCAUCAACUUCGGCAUCUUCAAGCAUCCCGGCCAUUCGGCCGUUCUGGGCUCCAACACCAACUUACCUGCCACCGAUUCCCCCAACGCCGAUUCUAAUGAAAACCUGCCCGCGACCGCUGGCGCUGCGGCCUCGCGACCCAAUGCCUCCGUCAUUGACAAGCUGACAGGCAUUGGCCUUAAGCAGAUCCAAUGGAUCGGCAAAUGCGAGGCCGAACGCAUCUUCCGCGGUACCUACGACGUGCCCGCCAACGAAGGUGGGAACUACGCCCUGGUCUUUGACAAUACCUUCUCCAAGCAACUCUCGAAAACCGUCACUCUCGCCCUGCUCACCUACCCAACCGCCCUCCCACCACAGUCAGUUCCCGUCCCUCAUGCCUCCAGCCACCCCAUACGGUCCGAUACCGCUGAAUCCGGAAAGUCCCUGGCUGCCCGCCGACGGGGCAACAGCGUCGCUCAGCCGCCGCCUCUCGCCAGCGACCGCGACUCGCUCAAUACCUAUACGGGCCUGCUUCAGAAGCGACGGCGGAAGCGCCAUCAGGGCUGGGCGCGUCGAUUCUUCUCCCUCGACUAUACCUCGUCGACCUUGUCUUACUACCACGAUCGGAAUUCUGCCGCGCUCCGCGGUUCCAUCCCCUUGUCGCUGGCUGCGGUCGCAUGCAACGAGAAGUCGCGCGAGAUUUCCAUUGACUCCGGCACCGAAGUCUGGCACCUUCGCGCCAACAAUGACCAGGAGUUCGCCGCUUGGAAGCGGGCGCUGGAGCGGGCCUCCGCCCCGUCCUCCAAGACCCCUGCUACCGCCACCGACGACACCACCUUGCCAUCCGAACCCUUGUUACGCGUGCCAUCUCAGCGUGUCGCUCCGAACCCCGUCGAGGAAAGGGAAUGGGAGCAGGUUGAGGGCCUUGUGAGCAAGGUAUCCGGAUCGCGCGAUGCUGUCCGGCGCCUGGCCAAGGACACUGAUCCCAAGUACCUGGGCGGCAAUGUCGCGGAGAAACCCCGCGGUCGCUCGCCUAGCCCGCAUCGCACGCCGACGGACCUGAACGGAGACGAGUCUGGGGACGCCAAACGCCCGUUCUGGAAGCGCAAGAAUAGUACGGCCACGCAACCCGGCGUCAAGCGCACCACGACCAUGGCCUCCAUGUCCUCGCAGCUGGCUGUGCCGGGCGCCUUUGACACGGCGUCCCUGGCGGGCGAUCGCAAGCCCAGCAGCAUCGCCAGCCCCCCGGAUCCCAUGGAGGAGGUUCAUGAACAUCUUAUGGCCGUGUUGCGUGACCUGGACCAGGUCGUCAGCGAGUUCUCGACCCUCAUCUCCGAAAGCAAGCAGCGACGACACCCUCCCGGCGCGACCGUGCAGGCGCGGCGCAGCUUCGAGUCUGAUGUCUCCCAGGAGUUCUUCGAUGCCGAUGACGGUAAAGCGCUUCUCACAAUCAAGGGCGACAGCGACGACGAGGCAGCGGCCGACAACGCCUCCGACCACACUGUAUGGGAUUCGAAACCCAAGGUGGAAGAAGAACCCAUGGUCAACGACGCUCCCUCUGAUGACAGUGAGGACGAGGCCGACGAGGCGCCUGCUGGACACGAUCAGUACUCGCCGCUCUUCCCCGGGCGCCCCAAAGCGCUCACGCCGCUCCCACUCAGCCCCGUGAAGCGUCGUGCCAACAUCACGGCGCCGACAGUCAUGCCGCCCAGUCUAAUUGGCUUCCUCCGCAAGAAUGUCGGCAAGGACCUGUCGCAGAUAUCCAUGCCUGUUUCCUCCAACGAGCCCCUGUCGCUGCUUCAGCGUGCCGCCGAAGUUAUGGAGUAUUCCACCCUGCUCGACCGCGCCGCCAGCGCCUCCGACCCCGUUGAACGCCUCAUGUACGUGACUGCAUUCGCCCUCUCUCCCAUCUCGAGCAACCGGAUCCGUGAGCGCGCUAUCCGCAAGCCGUUCAACCCCAUGCUCGGCGAGACCUACGAGCUCGUCCGUGAAGACCUUGGCUUCCGCUUCAUCGCCGAAAAGGUUUCGCAUCGCCCUGUCCAGCUUGCCUACCAAGCCGACAGCAAAGACUGGAGCCUUACGCAAUCCCCCAUGCCGACGCAGAAAUUCUGGGGUAAAUCCGCCGAAAUCAUCACCGAAGGCAAGAUGCGCCUGACCCUCCACACCACUGGCGAACACUUCAGCUGGGCCCAGGCCACUUCGUUCCUCCGCAACAUCAUCGCCGGCGAGAAAUACGUCGAACCUGUCGGCGAAAUGGUCGUCGUCAACGAAACUACUGGCCACCGCUCCCUCUCCACGUUCAAAGCCGGCGGCAUGUUCUCCGGUCGCAGCGAAGAAGUCAGCACCAAAUCCACGGACCCCUCCGGCCGCGACCUACCUCUGGGUCUCACGGGCACCUGGACCUCCUCCCUCGACCUCACCAAGAACGGCAACCCCUCGGGAACCAUCUGGAGUGCCGGACCUCUGGUCCCCAACGCGCCCAAACACUACGGUCUCACGGCCUUCGCGGCGACCUUGAAUGAGGUCACUCCCAUCGAGGACGGCAAACUCCCCGUCACAGACUCCCGACUUCGUCCGGACCAGCGCGCCCUCGAAGACGGCGACGUCGACCAAGCCGAGGCAGUCAAGGUCCAAUUGGAAGAGGGUCAGCGCGCUCGUCGUCGCGAGAUGGAAGCCGCAGGCGAAUCUUGGACACCGCGGUGGUUCACUCCCGUAGAUGAGGCACCGGGAGAUGAAUCCGUGUGGCGACUGAAGUCCGGGAAGGAAGGCUACUGGGAGGAACGGAGUAAGGGCGCCUGGACGGGCGUGGUGCCAGUUUUUACGAAGUAA